AUGGCUUCUUUAUUAACACUUGUUCUUCUAUUAGCCGUUAUUAUUUCUCAAGUAUACGGUGGUUAUUGGGUAUGUGACUGGGUGAAAGGCAAAGGAUGGAAGUACUGUUCAAGAGGAUUUUGCAAUUCCUACGGAAAAAAACGUGAUCUAACUCAUCAACUAAUUCAUCCGCAUGAUGGUCCUGUACAACAAGAUGAUGGAACAUAUUGUGAUGGAAAUUACUGUUAUCUUUGCGAAGAUCUCAGUGAUACAACCUGUCAUCUAACACCAGUAUUAAAAGAUCAUCGUCAACAAAAAAUAAGUCAUCGAUAUCGACGACAAGACGAUUGUCCGUAG